AUGGAACAAAAUCUAAAUUACGAAACCUAUUCUUUAAUUUGGCUUGACCAAUCGGUGAAUAAUUCUUCUGAAAAUGUUCAAGCACAAGAACAACUUCGAACAUUGAUCAAUCAUUUAGUUACAUUUGAAAAUGAACGAGAGUUCUUUCAAUAUAUUCGAUCGAUAGACAAAUACGAUCGAAUUGUUCUCAUCGUUAGUGGACAUUUCGGCUCUAUUGUCGUUCCUAAACUUACCGGAUUCAAACAACUCACUUCGAUUUAUGUUUAUUGUAAAAAUAAAAAAGAAAAUCAACUGUGGGCAAAUCAAUUUAAUAAGGUGAAAGCUGUUGUGACUCAGUUAGACGAGUUAAUUGAACGCAUUCGUAAUGAUAAAACGACUGAAACCGAUGAAUAUUUACCGCUAUUUAUCCUUCGUGCGAAUAAAGGUGACCAACAACGAUCAACGACCGAUUUAAAUGGGGAUUUUCUACAUUUUCAAAUCUUAAUUGAUUGUCUAUCGAAAAUGAAAUCGACUGAAGAGGAUAAAAAAGAAUUAAUAACAAUAUGCAAACAACAAUAUAGAAAAAAUCCGAAAGAACUUAAAAAGAUCCAACAAUUUGAACAGAAAUAUUCAUCUGAACAUGCUUUAUGGUGGUACACAAGAGAUUCGUUUCUAUACAAAAUGUUAAACAAAGCUCUUCGAGUACAAAAUAUUCAUUUACUUUAUCUUUGUCGAUUUUUAAUUCGUCAUAUUUGGAAGCAAUUAGUCAAAUAUCAAUGUCAAACAUCAAUUCGUGUUUAUCGUGCACAAUUAAUGACAAACGAUGAAAUUGAAAUGUUACAGAAUUCUCUGGGUCAACUUAUUUCGAUAAACUCGUUUUUCUCGACGUCAUUCGAUUAUAAUAACGCUCGAGCGUUUUUUUCCAAAACUGAUUAUUUGAAUGGAUAUAAACGAGUUUGCUUCGUCAUCGAUGCUGAUCCAACUAUUGAAAAUGUUCAACCGUUUUGUGAUGUCUCGCGAGUAAGUUAUUAUCCCGGUGAACGAGAAGUUCUCUUUAUGAUUGGUUCGAUCUUUCGAUUGGUGAAAAUCAACACCGAUCAACACGGUACUUUGGUUAUCAAAAUGAAACUAUUCUCAAUGAAUGAUCAAAGUCUGAGAGAACUUUACGAACAUAUGCACAAACGUGGGACAAAUGGAGAAACGAAUUUAUUAGAUUUUGCUGAUGUUUUAACAGAUAUGAGUAAAUGGAACGAUGCGGAAAGAUAUUAUCAAAGAUAUUUACAGAAAGUCUCGUCGACGAAGGUCGAUAUUGAUAAAUGCUAUGCUGGACUUGGAAGUUUAGCCUAUAGAAGGGGAGAUUUAGACGCCAGUUUGAAAUGGCAUUACAAAGCAUUGGAAAUCAGAAGUCAAACAUUAAAAGCGGAUAGUCAACUGAUUGGAGAAAGUUAUAAUAGUAUUGGAAAUGCGUAUGAAAAGAAAAAAGCUUUUCCGAAUGCAUUAGAAUCGUACGAAAAAGCAUUGAAAAUCUUUCGAAGAACAUGUGGAGAUGAACACAUUUAUGUUGCUACAUGUAUGAAUAACAUGGGAAAUACUUACAUGGGAAUGAAUAUGUAUGAAGAUGCUCUGCAAUUCUAUGAAAAUGCUUUGGUUAUUCUGCAGAAAAAUCUACCGGCUGAUCAUGUGAAUAUUGGAAGUUCGUAUAAGAACAUUGGAAAUGUUCUUUCGAGUUUAGGUCAUUAUGAACAAGCUUUGUCUUAUUUGAAUUAUUCUUUGGAAAUUUAUAAGAAAUCUCGUCCUUCGUUACAUCCUUCAAUUGGUUCGACAUUGAGAAAUAUUGGUUUAAUUUAUCAAAGUAUGAAAGAUUAUCGACAAGCAUUGACUUACUUUGAACAAUCAGCGUAUAUUUUUCAUCAUUCGUAUUCGUCAACGCACCCCGAAGUGAUCGAAAUCGAUCAAAACAUUCGUCAUGUUGCUUCAAAAUUGAAAUAA